UGAUGCACGGUUUGUGGUUCCUGGCUGAAACAUGCUGUGCCACCGAUCGACGUGGUGAUUGGCUGGUUUAAACCCUGUGGGCUUCUGGGAAAGCGCGGUAUUCAAAAGUUUCCUGAUUCCGGUUUGAUGCUCAGACAUGGAGCGACACAGCAGUGUUGCAGAGACUCCUGUCAACAGCGUCAUGGUCCAGAGGAGGAGCGGCAGUAAGAGCUUCCGUCAGUCUUACCGCAGUUGUGUUGGUGCUGCUUCUCACCUCGGUUACACACCAGGGCUGACCACACGGAGGCUCACCACCAGCAGAAGAGCUCCCAGGUCUCGCACUGUCACUGAGAGCGUUAAUCCAGAGCAGUUGUCCUUGCUGGUGAAGAAGGAGUGGCAGCUGUCGUAUGUCACCCCGCUCCACCACUUCAGACACACCCAGCUGAGGAGCUACUCCCGGCAGCUCUUGGCGUUUAUUGUGGCAGAGAAGCAGCAAGGUUUGGCAGUGGCACUGGAGGGAGCAGAGAGCAGCCUCAAGGUCGUCUUCUCGGUGGUGGAGGGGAUGGCGACAACAGAUGACGAUGCUGACACAGUCCUCAUACAGAUCCAUUCGAAGUCUGUGUUUGCCAGCCAGGAUGAUCCCCGGAGGUUAGUUUGGAGCGGCUGGCUGACCUGCAUCAACGGCAGUCCCGACUACGUUCGCUCCCUCCCAAAAGACUUUGUUUGCCUGCCGCUCCUGUGCAGCAGUGGAGCUCAGUGGCUCACUUCUUUGGUCAAAUCCUGGCUGGAGCGAGCCUUCGACUGUUGCAUCGGCUCUCUGGACAUCAAUUCUGUAAAUCUGCAGUGGUUGGCGGCGCUGUGGACAAACUGCCAUCCCGAGUCCAACAUUGGGCAGCUCAAACUCAUGUGGACCCUCCCGGUGGAUCCACCACUGGAAAUCGCCUUCACCGUUCACCCCCAAGAUGCCUGGGAGCUGUGGAGCAGCAUGAGGGGGCAGCUGCAGGAGGAGGAGCAGGAGAAUGAGGGAGUUGGGGAGGGGGCAGGAGACAAGGACAGUGUUGACAUUGAUGAGGUGACGAGGUUCAUUGAUGGGCUGAAGAACCACUUCUACAGACACUUCAGGCUGGAUCUGUCGGCGGGAACGCUGAGCCAGGUCUCCACAGCACUGGGGACAGCCAAACACAGCGGCAGGAUCAAGAUCUCCAGCAGUAGCUACAUGAACGCCACACUGAUGCUACUGACAGAGUGUGCCCUCCUCAAAAUGCCCGUCUGAACAGAAAAUACUCAGGACUCCUCAUGAUGAACUGUUUUGGAGUGGCAGCAUCCCCUCCAGCUUGGGCGCUGGGUGUGAUUAUUCCUCACAGGCCUGGACCAUCCAGCAGGAGCUCUCAGUCUCCAGACCCUGGACGUUUCUAUGAACUCUUCACACCAGUGUGCACUGCCAGACUGGGCUGGCCACUGUUAUAAAUCGGAAAACAAUAUAGGAAGAGACAAAGAUGGAAUGGAAGAAUGCUGGAAUGGAAGAAUGCUCCCCUAAUCAAAAUGCCUGCAAUACUUUUAUUGGGACUGAGAGUGUGAGCGUUUCACUCAUGUGGGUUUCUCAUUGGCUGAUAUUUACAUAGCAUGAUGGCUGAUGGCCACGCAUCAUGUUUUUUUUCUGGUUUUUCCACAUGCUUAAACACAACAGUUUAAUAACAAUCAACUAAAUAAAUCACAUGUAAUCAAAAAACUAAACUUUGUAUUUAAAAAAUACAAAGUUUAGUUUAGUACAUAAGCAGCAUUUAUCAGCAGGUCGCAGUAUCCUUGUUUCUGAGAGAGAGCGAAAAUGUGUAAACUUACAUAAGCAUCUCUUUGUUUUGAACAUUUUUUAAUGGUAAUGUUUUAUUCAUUUGAACACAGAAAAAUAUUUGAAAAUGGAAAAUGUGCAUUGUUUCUGUUUGCUUAAGUUCAUCUGCACACUUAUUUUAAAAUUUAAAAAAAUAUUGGCCUGAUUAAUCAGUUGACACCUGCUCAAUAGUGACUUAUACAGACAUUUUUUAUGGUAUUUUGUUUAACUCUUCUAUGUUAUCACUAUAAUAUUCCUAACUUAUUCCUAUGGAAUAUUAUAUAUUGUUUACAUUUCUCUAUGGCUGUGUGAAAUAACUCAUGUAUGUGUUAUUUUAAAUUGAAAUGCAUGCCAUUUAUUUUAAAUAAUUUGCUGGAAAACCGCUUCCUGUAAAACAAAUCUGCUAUAAAUGACACCAGAUCACACUUUUUUGCCAUUGUCCAGGCAGUAAGUCUUUUCCUGUUAUGUCAGAAAUGUAGAAUGGGGGUCUGCUUGUCUCAUCUGUAUAUAAUGUAAAUGCAAACAGAGUCCUUAGCAAACUAAAUGUCAAAACAAGUAGGAUGUCAGAGGUACACUAAAGUGUAGCGGUGUGUGUGUUUAGUGUUAAGUUCAGUUAUUGAAUUUGUUCAAUCUUUUUUUUUCUCUGCACCACUGAGAAACUGACCAGUCCUUACAUAGUGAUGUGGUAAGUAAAUGCCUGUAAGUUUCAUAGUUUGUCACUGAAAAUGUAUCACAGUGCCCAAUAUUUUAAAAUUCAAUUGGCUAUGAAUUUGUGUUGGAUUUUUUUUUUUCACUAUUGCCU